GCGAGCCCUCCCUCCCUUUUGCGUUACGCAGAUGCGGAAAGUGAGCCGACGCAGGAACGCAAAGAGAGCAAGUGAGGAGCCGAGAUUAUUUCAAACAUGGACACGGACGCUGAACGGGAGAGUUGAAUCGGGACUUCCACUAACGCUACCAGUAACAAAAACAACAACGCCAGCGUUCUUCUAUUCACGCCCGGAACGUUUUCAAGGGAUUUUACUUCGAAUGGUCUUUCGAGGAGUUUUUCUUAAUGAAGAGUACUGUCGACAGACACGGAAAAGAUGACAAUUUCCUUCAUAAACAGAAGUAAAGAAACUCUUCCUCAGGAAUUGAAUGAAGGAUCUUCUUGUGCCACAACACGGAUCCCUGUGCAUCAAGGCCAAAGAUACAGCCAGCGCAUACAGAUGUGCUUCUAAGCAGUUGGCUCAAAAGCAGAUCUGCGAAAUACAACUCCCACCGAAUUAGAUGCAUUUUAAUCCGGUCCUUUAGAUCAGAGUCACUGACAACUCGUGCAAAAUAAACAAAUAUUUUUGCCUUGCCAGAUUGCUAUGAGUUAGCUUCUUAGCUCGCUAAUGUUAGCCACUGUUUGUCGCGGGUGAAAAAAGCCUGUCAACUGGCUAGUAGCUAACGAUACAGUAGCGAGAAACACUAGCGAUAGCCUAAAAAGCUAGCUUGGAGCUCGGUUUCAAAAGUGUAGUAGCGAGUUAGCUAAUAAGUUAGCAUAACUUUGAUAAACCAGACGCGCUCAGAUGAGCUUAAAAGUUUUAUGUUGUUCUCAGUCGUUCGACAGAUGGCAUAAAGGCGCAGUUAAUUCUGCUACCGUCCACUUAAUUGAUCUGCUGCGUUUUGGCUCAGUGUCUUAACUAGUCCUCUUAGUUAGCUAGCUAAGUUUACUUUCGCCGUGCCUGGACCGACCCACCCACUAGGACUUUGGGGCCGAUGCGGACAGAUCAACCGGGAUCACGGCAUCACGACGAGCCGCAGCAGGCAUGCAGCCCCAACAGAUCUACGACUUUUCCAGCGAGGAGAACAGUCACAAAUGGCGAGGCCUCUUCGUGCAGGCGCUCCGCAAGGUGCAGCUACAGGUGCACCCUAACCUGUCGGCCAAGGAGGAUGCCCUGCAACACAUCGAGGAGCUCAUCCUGCAGCUUCUCAACAUGCUGUGUGUCGCUCAGCCUCGCUCCGUGGCAGAUGUGGAGGAGCGCAUUCAGAAGACCUUCCCAUACCCCAUUGAUAAGUGGGCGAUGGCUGACGCUCAGGCCGCCAUUGAGAAACGAAAGAGGAGAAUUCCUCUGCUGCUCCCAGUGGACAAAAUUCACCCUCUACUAAAGGAGGUUCUGGGUUAUAAGAUCGACUACCAAGUGUCCCUGUACAUCGUGGCUGUUCUGGAGUACAUCUCGGCAGACAUCCUCAAGCUUGCCGGCAACUACGUGGGCAAUAUCCGCCACUACGAGAUCAGUCAGCAGGACAUCAAAGUGUCCAUGUGUGCGGAUAAGGUGCUGAUGGACAUGUUUGACCAGGACGAGGACCUUGGUCUGGCCUACUUGUGUCCAGAGGAGCCUUCGUCGUCUGGGGAGCUCACAUACGACGACCUGGUACGGCUGGAGAUCGCCGAGGAGCGGCAAUACCUUCGCGAGCUCGACCUGAUCAUCAAAGUGUUCCGGCAGGCCUUCUUGUCCAACACCAAGCUCUUCAGCGCUCAGGAUGUGGAGGUGGUCUUCAGCAACAUCUUGGAUAUCCACGAGCUGACGGUCAAGCUGCUGGGGCUGAUCGAGGACGCCGUGGAGAUGACGGCGGACGGCAGUCCACACCCACUGGUGGGCAGCUGCUUCGAGGACCUUGCUGAGGAGCAGGCCUUUGACCCCUACGAGACGCUUUCGCAGGACAUCCUCUCCCGAGAGUUCCAGGAACACUUGAACGGCCUUAUGGCCCGCCCCACGGUGGCCCUGCACUUCCAGUCCAUAGCGGAAGGUUUUAAAGAGGCGGUUCAGUAUGUAUUACCACAGCUGAUGAUGGUGCCAGUCUACCACUGCUUACACUACUUUGAGUUGCUGCAGCAACUUCAGGAACGCAGCCAGGACGAUGACGACCGAGAGUGCCUGAAGCAGGCCAUUACCGCACUACUGAACCUGCAGUCCAGCAUCGAGCGCAUCUUCAACAAACACCAACCCCGCCGCAAACCAGGGGAGCCCAUGUACCGCCUGUACAGCCGGCCGGCGCGCAGCAAGCAGACGGCCACGCGGCGCAUGAGCGAGAUCCAGAAGAGCAUCGACGGCUGGGAGGGCAAGGACAUCGGCCAGUGCUGCAGCCGCUUCCUGCACGAGGGCCCGCUGCUGCGCUCGGGCGCCAAGCACGAGCGCCACAACUUCCUGUUCGACGGCCUGCUGGUCAGCUGCAAGGCGGCCAACCAGACCUCGCGGUUGCCCGGCGCCGGCAGCAACGCCGAGUACCGGCUCAAGGAGAAGUUCGUGCUGCGGCGGGCGCGCGUGCUGGACCGCGACGACGGGGGCGAGACGCGCCACGCCUUCGAGCUGGUGGGCAGCGGCGGGCGGGAGGAGGCGCCCGGCUGCUGCGGGGGAGGGGCGGUGUUCUGCGCGCGCUCGGCCGACGAGAAGGCCACGUGGAUGGCGGCGCUGGUCACCCUGCAGUGCCGCAGCACGCUGGAGCGGCUGCUGGACGCCGAGCUGCGGCGCGAGGAGAGGGCCCAGCCCCUGCGGCUGCCGCCGCCGCACCUCUACCGCUUCGCCGUGGCCGACUCGGAGGAGAACGUGGUGUUCGAGGAGCGGGCGCAGAGCGCCACCGGCAUCCCGCUCAUCAAGGCCGCCACGCUGCCCAAGCUCAUCGAGCGCCUCACCUACCACAUGUACGCAGAUCCCAACUUUGUGCGCACCUUCCUCACCACGUACCGAUCCUUCUGCAAGCCCGAUGAGCUACUCACGCUGCUCAUAGAGAGGAUAGAGAUUCCGGAGCAGGAGUCCAAAGAGGAGGAGCUCCAGGGCUUGUGGAACAGCGAUCAGCCAAUGGCUGCAGAGCUACAGAGGUUCCGCCGGGAAUAUGUCCAGCCAGUGCAGCUCAGGGUUUUGAAUGUGUUUCGUCAGUGGGUGGAACAUCACUUCUACGACUUCGAGAACAAUCCGGAACUCCGCAUCCAACUAGAGGAGUACAUCACCAGCAUCACACAGCUGAGAGGGAAGUCGAUGCGUAAGUGGGUGGAGUCCAUCCACAAGAUCAUCCGGCGUAAGCUGGCGGCGCAGGCCAACGGCGUGAGCCACAGCAUCACGUUCGAGCGCACGCCGCCGCCCAUCGAGUGGCACAUCAGCCGCGCCGGCCAGCUGGACAACUUCGACCUCAUGACCCUUCACCCCAUCGAGAUCGCCCGCCAGCUCACGCUGCUCGAGUCGGACCUCUACAGGGCGGUGCGUCCAUCUGAGUUGGUGGGCAGUGUGUGGACCAAAGAGGACAAGGAGAAGAACUCUCCCAACCUGCUGCGCAUGAUCCGCCACACCACCAACCUCACACUCUGGUUCGAGAAGUGUAUAGUGGAGGCGGAGAACCUUGAGGAGCGGGUGGCCGUGUUCACGCGGGUCAUCGAGAUCCUGCAGGUGUUCCAGGACCUCAACAACUUCAAUGGCGUGCUGGAGAUCGUCAGCGCCAUCAAUUCUGUGCCUGUUUACCGGCUCGACCACACCUUCGAGGGCGUCCAGGAGCGUAAGAAGCGGAUGCUAGAGGAAGCAGUGGAGCUGAGUCAGGAUCACUUUAAGAAGUACCUGGCCAAGCUCAAGUCCAUCAACCCACCCUGUGUGCCUUUCUUUGGUAUCUACUUGACCAACAUCCUGAAGACGGAGGAGGGGAACCCCGACUUCCUGAAGCGUCACAAUAAGGAGCUGAUCAACUUCAGCAAGCGGCGGAAAGUGGCAGAGAUCACCGGCGAGAUCCAGCAGUACCAGAACCAGCCAUACUGCCUCAGGGUGGAGCACGACAUCCGGCGCUUCUUUGAGAACCUGAACCCCAUGGGGAACAUGGGCGAGAAGGAGUUCUCUGACUACCUGUUCAACAAGUCCCAAGAAAUAGAACCCCGCAACUGCAAACAGCCUCCACGCUUUCCCAGGAAGACCAUGUACAGUCUGAAGUCUCCGGGCACGCGGGCCGUGCGGAAUUCGUCCACGAGUGGCGGAACGCUGAAGGGCCACCCGGUGCCGCUGGAGCGCGAGCCGCCGCACAAGUUCCGCAGCAUCGCCGAGACGGAACCGGAGCGGGAGCGGGAGAGCGCCCUGUCCGUGCCCACCUCGCCCAACACGCCCACCCCCACGCCCCCACAGUCCGCCUCCUCCGACCUGAGCAGCGUCUUCAUGGAGCCCGACCUCAGCAACAUGCAUGAAGGCAAUAACAGCAUAUUCGCUCCAGUUCUUCUUCCGCCUGCUUCAAAAUUCCACUCGGUGUCCUUCGGGAGUCUAAAUCAACUGUUUGCAGAGGAACCCCUCAGGCCCCCUCCUCUUCCCCCUCGCAGGAAAGAUGCUGUCUCAGAGGCCAAGCUAAGCUGCCGGUCAGACAGCCCUCCGGCCAUCCCGCCGCGGCUGCCCCCGCCCCUGCCCCGCCUCCAGCCCCGCAUCCCAACGGGCAUCUUCAACGGGCCCUCCACGCCGCUCCUCUCCUCGUCGGACACUCCGCUGCCCAGCCCGCCGCCGCCGCCGCCCCCUCCCCGGGACCCGCUGCCGGACACCCCGCCCCCCGUGCCCCAGCGGCCGCCCGAGAUCUUCAUCAACUACCCGGUCAACCUGCAGCCGUCGCCCGUCAACCGCUUCCACUGGGAGUUCAGCACCAGCUCGCCCAGUUCGCCCAGCACGCCUCCGGGCACCCCCUCGCCCCGCGUGCCCCGCCGCGGCUGCCCGCUCAGCACCAGCCAGAACAGCCUGUGCCACCUGUCGCUGCCCACGCCGGGCGGAGGGGGCGGGGGCAUGGGCGCGGCGCCCCCCGUGCCACCCCGGCACGUGCCCAGCAGCCCGCAGCUGCCCAAGCUGCCGCCCAAGACCUACAAGAGGGACCUGCCCCAGACGCCGCUGCCCCAGACGCCGCUGUCUGCGUUCUCGUUGGUGGACAAUGCAGACGGGAGCCAAUGAAAGCGGGCUUUUCCCUAAAUCAGGGAAGGGAAAUAAGGACGUCAGCCAAUGAGGGAUUUGGGUUCUUGUUUGACAGACACGGCAACCAGUAAGAGGGCACGAGUAAUGACUCAUAUGGGAGGGACAUCCCCCCCGCCCCCCCCCCCCCCCCCCCUGACUGUUGGAUUGAAUUAUGAGAUACCCAGUAAUACACACACACAGACACACACUUACUCAGAGGUGGGGAGCACUGUUCUCUCCCAGCAAAGUGUGUGUGUGUGUCAUGUCAAAGAAGUGUGUUGGAAGGGCAUGACCUAUGGAUUGUAUGUGUUCUGCAAAUUUAAAAGAAAAAAAAAAGAAAAAAAACAUGGCCUUUUUUUUUAAAAAAAAGAAAAAGAAAAGCUCGUCAAGAUGAACUUAAACAAGCAGACUGAAUUAAAAAAAAAAAAAACACAAGGAAACAGUUACUAACGGAAAAAAACAUAAAAAAUAUAAAGCUACUGAUCAACAAGACCCACCCACCUGCCUGUCUAUGCCCUUGGCCAAUCAUGGCACGCCUCAACUAAUUCUAUGCCCCGCCCAUCACCUGAAGCCAGUGGAAGACCCUGCACCACUCUGACAGCCAAUCGGAGAGUAGCAAUGACCACCAAUCACCUUUCAGAGUGUGUGUUUGUGCACGCAUGCCAGCACAUGCUCAGAAAGAGAUUGAAGUCUGGUCUCCCGUCUACUAUAUCUGUGACUGUAUUGAGAGAAGCAGGCCCGUUUUGGACUCUCUCUCUCUGUCUCUCUCCCUCUCUCUCCCUCCCUCCCUCUCUCUCUCUCUCUCUCUGACCAGUGGUGACCCAAACCCUGGACGUGGACUCUCUGAUUGCCUUAAAGGAGCGUGGGAGCGGUGUGCCACCUGGCGUGCUCCUGGAGUGGUCCGAGUGUCGCCUGAACGCUGCCCCCUGAGGGCGACGUGACGGCGGGGCUGACCGGUGCAGAGUUGGCUGCCCUCCGACGACCUUUAACCUGCUGUGACCCUAACAGGCACUGACUGCACACUCUCUCUCUCUCUCUGGAGACUGACCGACUGACUGACUGAUGUUGAUAUUGAUAUUGAGACUGAGGGGGCAUCCUGGGGCCUAAUGCAUAUACAGCUACCACAGCGCAUUCACCAGGCUGCUAAUCAAUGAAAGGAAGAGGAGCCUGAACUAGCGAAUAUAAACACUUAAAGACUAAAAUGCCUACCGCCACCACGCAAAUACAAUUACUACACACACACACACACACACACACACAUACACAUACACAGCGCACACACACACACACACCUAUACACAUAUUGAAGGCCAUUGGCAGACAGAGGCAGAGCCCAGGAGGGCUAGCCAUCUGUCUGAACGACUCAAUACUGUUGAACUCUUUUUCUACGCACUGCAGUUUUGUGGCCAAAGUCUUACUUUAUGCAGGAGGACGGACUAAGAGGACAAGUAGAAACAGAACACGGUCCCCUGCCCUUUGCUUCUUUUAGUCGUUUUCAAAUGAGUAACUGCACUGUACCACUGCAGGGCUCAGCCUGUUACUUAAUGUUACACACACACACACACACACACACACACACACUCGCUUAUCUUUAGUUGCCUUUUAAUACAGCUCAGACCUAUGACCUGAGGCUGUGACCAGUCAACAAGCUGAGAGAACUGGAGAGAGAAUGUGUGUGUGUAUGUGUGUGUGUGUGUGCACAUGUGCGAGCAUGUGUCCAGUGUUGGAAUGUGUGGCUCCUGAGUAGGAGUGUGUGAGAUGAGGUGGAUGUGGACGAGGCCGCUGACCGUGAAGUAGUGACGACAUGUUCUCCAGCGUAGGGCUGGCGAGGAACGUCAGGAGAGAUUAUAUGAGAAUUCUAAAGACCGAAGACAUGAGUGCCAGUAGUGUGUGCGUGUGUGUGUGCGUCUGUGCGUGCGCAUGCUUGGUGCAUGUGUGUCUGCAAGGUGUUUUUCUGUGCGAGUGUGUCCGUUUGCUCUCCAGUGAUCUCUCAAGCAAUCUAAAGCCAAGACGAUGUCUUACACCCCGACCUUGAAGAUGCCUGCUGCUGGCAAAAGGACUCCAGCCCCCAGAAUCCUCCACUGAGCGUUCACCUCUGAAUGCUCAAGUACACCCACCCCCCCACCCCUUGUAACAAUCCCUGACCAGUCACCAUGGAGCACUCCAGUCAGCAGCCAAUCAGAAGCGCAGGACUCUGGAACAAGGCCAUACAUCUCCCUGAUUUGUCUUUCUGUGUCUUCUCUGGAAAAAAAAAAGUCAGGAUGAAUUUGUUUUGUUUUUUUUCCGACGACUGAAAACCUGCAUUGUUUCUCAAUAUGUGCCUUUUGUUUUCUUUGAAACGCUUUGCAAAAUAAUUUGUAAAAAUGCUUGAAAAAAGACAAACAAAAAGUGUUGGUUGCCUAACACACACUGCUGUACACUACAGUGUUAGAAGUCUCUGUAACAUUUACACUCUAACGGAAUUGUGUGUGUGUGCGCGAGUGUGUAUGUGUGCGCGCGCGCGAGUGUGUAUGUGUGUACGUGCGUGUGUUUGUGUGCGUGUGUGUGUGUGCGCGUUGGAGUCUGAAACUCAAAUUCUUUGCCUUGUAUGAAACUUAAAAACCCUACUGCCCAAAGCCAUGACACAGAAAUAACAGAUGUUUAUUUAGAUUAUUUCUUUAGUGCUAAGCAGUCCCACCGACAAUACCAUCUUGAAAAAAUCCUCAGUGUACACGCACGCACGCACGCACGCACGCACGCACGCACGCACGCACAUCAGAAUGCAGUAUAACAGCCAUCUUUGCAUAUCUGCUUUGAAAAACCAAAUGAAUAGAUAGCACUCGUCAAACCUUUGGUCAAGUGAAAAAACGAAUUAACUACUACACUGUUGCAAACUAUUAACGAUAGCUUGUUUGGCCGGGUCGACUGACGGGACACUCAGUCGGAGUAGAUGUAUGUUUCUGGAUGACCAGAAGGACGCAAACUACCAGCCCCCAGGGGAUGGAGGAGAGGGGUGACCAGGCUCACUAUCUGCACUUUAGGCAAUACUGUUAAAGAGAUUGGAAGUGAAUACAAAAUAACACCUUUACACAGAAACACACACAUACACACACACACACACACUAAUCGCUUUUAACCCAAGUGAGUACUCGAUGCCCUAUGAUCAUCGUUCAUCAAAAUGCACACACACACUUUGAAGCGAACACUCCGCAGAUGUGCAAAAUCUGCAAGCGUCCUUGCAGAGUCCCCCCGUUUCUGUCACACACAUAGGAAGAGGCAUCCACAGUGCCCUGAGGGGUCGGUGUGUUGCCCACGAGGACUCCUCAGACACGGCGGCCUUACAGGACUAAUGUCCUCUAUGAUGUCACAUCCUGUUUGUGUCACCGGAGGCGAUAGGCGUGUGCUUUGGCAUUUUGUUUUCCUGUGCUGUUGUUUUUUUUUUGUUUAAAUCCUGUACAAGUCCCCUGGUCCUGACACUUAACAUGCUCCUCCAGGCUAUCCCAGAAUUCUGGGUGGUAGCAGCUGGUGGUGUGUGGCCUUUAACCAUAGAAAAAAAAAGCAUUUUGUAUUCAUGUUCUGAAAGAGAUUAAUAAAAAAUCACCUGGU